ACACGCAUAUUUUGACUUGUGUGUGUGUUGUUUUGUACCGCUAAGAAGGAUGGGUUUUUUUAUUUUUAAUUUGUCACUUUGUCCGAGCGAAAGCCACCGCCUCAGGCUGAGUGCUCGAGUUGUUGUCGUUGUUGGGGAGCGAUCGUCGGGGGCGAGUCGAGGCCUGAGACGCCUCGCCUCGGCACAAGGCCUCAAUGCGGCCCAUUGUUUGAGGCGAGCGUGGGCUUUUGAAGUUUCUCAAUUCAACAAUUCUAAAAAGUAAACUAUGUCAACUCCCCCCCACCCCACUCGCCCCACCAAAGUAUUCGAGGACGUUGGAUCGAGGCUGCCGCCCGUAGCAUUCCCCCUGCUGCACGCAUACACGCCCUUCGUGUUUGACGAGCCCGGGAGACAAUGGCGACCGUUAAGGGGGCCCUGCUGCCCCUCUUUGAUGACAUGGUGCGGCAGACGGACAUCCUCACCAUGGGCAUCGAGCCAGAGUUUGUAGCGUUUGUGCGGAGCGUCGAGGAUGCGCGGCAGCGCUGGCAGGGCGUGGAGACGGAGCUGGGGCGGUGCCGCCAGGCGCUCGCCAAGACGGAGACGGAGCGAGCGGCGCUCGACGUGAAGCUGAAGCACGCACGCAACCAGGUGGACGUGGAGAUCAAGCGCCGCCAGAAGGCGGAGGUGGCGUGCGAGCGCCUGGACCGGCAGAUCCAGCUCAUCCGGGAGCUGCUGCUGGUGCAGGACAGCAGCUGCAGCUUGCAGCUGAGCGAGGAGCAGCGCAAUGCCCUCGCCUUCCUCAACACCCGCACCUCUAGCGGCCUCGCGCCCAAGGCUCACCGCCUCACCCGCAUUGAUGAAUCGUCCAACUCCAUCCUGUCGGCGUCGGACAUCAGCUACGACCGCACGGACGAUGACCUGGACACGGACGCGUCUGUGCUGCGGAGCGGGCGUAGGGGAGACAAGCGGAAGUCUCCGCGCCUGCACCACGCCGAGACGCCACCGGUCCCCGCCAAGCGCUCCUGCAUGAUCUCCGAGGAGGCCAAGGGUAACGAGUCGAUCAUCGCCACGACGACGGUGACGGUGCCGCAGCACGGCGGCACCAUCGAGGCGGUGUCCACCAUCGAGACGGUGACGCGGCCCUCGCGCCGUCGCUCCAGCCGCGGGCGCCGGCUCUCGGCCGUCAAUGGCGAGCCAAAUGUCAUGUCUGUGGCCAUGCCGCCCUCCGGGGCCGGAGAUGGCACCCCCAGGAAUCUGCGGCAGCACGACUUUGUGCAGAAGACGUCGAUCAAGCCGGAGGCGUGCGUCCCUUGCGGACGGCGCAUCCGCUUCGGCAAGAUGGUGCUGCGCUGCCGCGAGUGCCGCACGGCGGCGCACCCCGAGUGCCGCGACCGCUGCCCCCUGCCGUGCGCGCCGGCCGUGCCCAGCACGCCGCUCACGCUGGCCGAGGGCACGGUGGCCGACUUUGCGCCGAGCACGGCGCCCAUGAUCCCCAUGCUCGUCAUCCGCUGCGUGGGGGAGAUCGAGCAGAAGGGCAUGCACGAGACGGGGAUCUACCGCGUGCCGGGCUGCGACCGCACGGUGAAGGAGCUGAAGGAGCGCUUCGUGCGCAGCCGUGGCACCGUGCCGGUGCUCAGCAAGGUGGAGGACGUCCACGUGGUGUGCGGCCUCCUCAAGGACUUCCUGCGCAGCCUCAAGGAGCCGCUGCUCACCUUCGCGCUCAACGGCACGUUCAUGGCGGCCGCAGAGAUCCCGGACGAGGAUAACAGCGUGGCGGCCAUGUUCCAGGCGAUAGACGAGCUGCCCCAGGCCAACCGUGACACGCUUGCCUUCCUCAUGCUGCACCUGCAGAAGGUGGCCCAGAGCUCCGACUGCAAGAUGGACGCGUACAACCUUGCGCGUGUGUUUGGGCCCACCCUGGUGGGCCACGCGACGGCCGACCCCUCGCCCAUGGUCAUGCUGCAAGACACGCGGCGCCAGCCAGCGGUGAUCGAGCGGCUGCUGUCUCUGUCUCCCGACUACUGGAGCAAGUUCGUGUCGGCCGGCGACAGCAGGAGGCCCGACGACGCUUACGGCACUCCCGACCAGCGCACGCCCAUCGGCUCGAGCAUGCUGGGCCCGCUGACCACGCCGGAGAUGGCGCACGGCCCCACCCCAAGCAAGACGCCGUCGACGAGCUCGCUGUCGCAGCGCUUCAGGUCGACGCUCACCCCCAAGUUCGGCAGCCGUGCCAAGACCCCGUCGGUGACGUCACUUAAGAAGACGGGGAAUUACUUCGAGUCGCCGUUGCUCAAGUGAGCCGUUUCGUGCUUCCAACCGACACGACCGCUGCUUUCACGACCCCCGUAACCCAACCCUCUCCCCCACCGUCCAAUCCACCACCACGGAUUUUCACGCUCGCCGCGGCCCGCCAGAUUCCGCGGUAUCGCUGGGUGAUUGAAGGUGGGCCUGCGAGGCCUGCAACAGGGCGAGUUCGUGCCGAGUCCUGGCCAUGUGCCCUGGGGCGUCGCCCACGGCACGGCCCGCACGGACGCCGUAGCCGGCACGCCUGCAAGCAGCCAAUGGGGUUUGGGAA